AUUGCGUCAUAUCCAAUCACGAGCGGGACCACGUCAGCUAACGUUACACUUCCCGGAACAGGGAGGAGCGGGUACUUAUUAUCGUGGAUAUAAACACCAUUUCUGCACAUUGGUUUGAUUAAGCCUUGUUGUUGCCGGCGAGGAUGAUUGACGUUCGGGCAUGGGCAGAGUAUGUGGUGGAAUGGGCUGCCAAAGACCCCUACGGUUUCCUCACCACUGUCAUACUGGCUCUCACGCCUCUCUUCAUUGCCAGUGCACUGCUGUCCUGGAAACUGGCCAAGAUGAUUGAGGCACGUGACCGGGAACAGAAGAAAAAGCAGAAACGUCAGGACAACAUAGCCAAAGCCAAGAGGACCAAGAAAGACUAAGCCUGUGGGUAGAAUGAGGGCAUUAAAAAAGGAGCAACCACCA